AUGGCUCCGGCUAAAGAUGUGGCCGCGCUUCAGCAAGAGCUGGGCGCUAUUCCUCCCCCCGGCUCUCCCUACGGUGUCCCUGUUCCUGGAUCUGAGCGUCCCGGACGCAGCGCCGUCUACAGAGGCUGGAGGUUUCGCGACAGGGAACUCAUCACCACCUUCGACCCGGCCAUUCGCUCCCUUCACGACCUGUUCGAGGCUUCGGCUCGCAGGCGAGCCAGCAAGCGAUGCAUGGGUGCCCGCAUGUGGAAUCCCACCACUCAGACCUGGGGCGACAAGUACGAAUGGAUGACCUACGGCCAGGUGGCGGAGCGAAGGAAGAACUUUGGUGCCGGCCUCGUUGAGAUUCACAAGUCCAUCGGUUAUCCCAAGGACAAGCACGGUGUUGGAGUCUGGUCGCAAAACCGACCCGAAUGGCAGAUCACUGACUUCGCAGCUGCUUCCCAAUCGCUCUACACCGUUUCCCUUUACGAGACUCUCGGCCCCGAUGCCACCGAGUACAUCAUCAACCACGCCGAACUCCCCAGUGUCGUGUGCUCGCUUUCGCACGUCUCCAAGCUGAUCAAGCUCGCGCCGCGCCUGCCCACACUGAAGAUCAUCGUUUCCAUGGAUCCCCUGGAAAGCGGUGAGCUCCCUGGCCUCUCCAAGCGCGAUGUCCUCAACGACCUUGCCGCUCAGCACGGCAUCAAGAUCUAUUCCAUGACCGAGGUGGAAAAGAUUGGUCUCGAGUCUGGCCGGCCCACACGUGGUGCCUGCUGGGAUGACAUUGCCACCAUCAACUACACCUCUGGCACGACGGGACCACCCAAGGGCGUCGUGCUCACGCACGGAAAUGCCGUGGCCGCCAAUGCCGCCGCUCGUCUUGGCGGUCACGUCAAGGAAGGCGACGUUCACAUGUCAUACCUGCCGCUUGCGCAUAUCUACGGCCGACUCAUUGACCACAUCGCCUUCUCCGAAGGUGCUUCUGUCGGCUUCUUCCGAGGCGACGUUUUGGGUCUCGUCGAUGACCUCAAGAUUCUGAAGCCCACCGGCUUCAUCUCUGUACCCCGUCUUUUCAACCGGUUCAACUCGGCCAUUCGCGCGGCAACGGUAGAGGCUGAGGGUGUCCGCGGCGCCUUGUCGCGACACGUCAUCAAGGCCAAAAAGAUGGCCAUGAAGGCUCCCCCCGGCCAGGCUUCCAACACGCACUUCUUCUGGGACAGAAUCUGGACCCGCAAGGUUCGCGCUGCCGUCGGCCUCGACCACGCUCACACCAUGAUCAGCGGCAGCGCGCAGCUGGACCCAGACGUCCAGGAGUUCCUCCGCGCCGCCUUUGCCAACGACUUCCAGCAGGGCUGGGGCAUGACGGAGACUUAUGCCACCGGAACUGUGCAAAUCAAGGGCGACUUCACCACCGGCAACAUUGGCCCACCCAUGGGAGACGUUGAGCUGUGCCUCGAGUCGGUCCCCGAAUUCGACUACACCGUCGACGACAAGCCCAACCCCAGAGGCGAGCUUCUUGUUCGCGGGCCGGCCGUCUUCCGGGAGUACUACAAGAACGAGGAGGAGACCAAGAAGGCCCUAGAGUCGGAUGGUUGGUUCCAUACUGGCGACAUCUGCGAGGUCGACAAGCUCGGUCGCUUCAAGAUCAUCGACCGCAAGAAGAACGUGUUGAAGCUGUCCCAGGGCGAGUACAUCUCCCCCGAGCGCAUCGAGAACGUCUACAUGGCAAACACCAACCUCGUCAACAUGGGCUAUGUCCACGGCGAUGCCAAGGAGUCAAGUCUCGUGGCCAUCUUUGGCGUCGACCCCGAGAACUUCCCGGCCUGGGCGUCCAAAAUACUGGGCCGCAGUGUCACCGCUGAUGCCCACGAUUUGCGAUCCGCAGCCCAGGAUGCCAAAGUGAGGCAGGCUUUCGUCAAGAUUCUCGACAAGAUUGGGCGCAAGCACAAGUUCAACAGCUUCGAGAAGGUUAGGGACGUAUAUUUAGACGUGGAGCCGUUCAGCAUCGCGAACGAGCUGCUCACCCCUACUUUGAAGCUCAAGAGACCCCAAGCCGCCAAGAAGUUCCACGCCGAGAUUGAAGCCAUGUAUGCCAGUAUCAAUAGCGCCCCCGCCGUCGGCGCCGCUAAGCUCUAG